GCAUCUGUGUGCUAUGGAAACAUCAAUUUUCUAGUUAUUGCUCUCUCUUUCCCCAAUUACAACAGUCUUGGUAAUCCUUAAAUGUUAGAAAAAAGGCAUGUAAUCAAGAAGGUCUAAAGGCUGUUAUUUAAGUUGCAAGAACUACAAGUCAUGCACUUUUAGUGUAUAUUUGUUUGCAGAAGUAAUUUGACUUAAUUGCUUAACAUGAUUAAGUGUUCUUUAGGGAAAUCAAGAGUUUUCUGUUUGGUCAACUCAUUACAAAUGAAAUGAAAGAAAGUUUGUAUAUUUUUGAGUGUGUAGUGAAGAAUUAUUAUUGGAGGAAAACAAAUAAAUAUUUUAAGAGUUGGGAUGGGUUGACAGAUGGUGAACCAAGUCUUUCAGAGAAGCAAGCCUAUGCUGAUUCACUGGUCAAACUUCAAGCUGCAGAGAAAUAUUUAGGACGUGCCUACUGUGUUCUUGUGUUAGGACUUGGUUUAGAGGAGCAACAUCAUAUGUCAUGUGGAAUAUCAAGAGUUUCAUCAACAGACAAGGACAGGGCUAUGUUUGAGACUCUGUAUUCUUUUUGUACAUUUGUGGUAUGGAUCACAUUUAGACGAAAGGAUUUUGAAGCUGUUAAAAAAGAAGUGGGAAGAAUGUUACGAUCAGAUACAUUUAAUCCAGCAAUAAGGGUUAAGAAUGCGCCAGAAGAGAAAGAAACAGAGAAAAAAGAAGAGAAGUCUGGUGAGGGAAAAAAGGAAAUUAAAAUCGAGAAGAAGAUAACACCUGCUGAGUACAGACGACUACAACCCGUCAUUGACAAAAGAAAUUUUAAAAUUGGUAUAUUGGGCGACUCCCUUAGUCAGUAUAACCCAGUGACAUUGUCACCAAUGGGAGCAGAAAAUGAGGAUGAGGACAAUGAGGGUGAAGAUGGGGAACAGAAACAGGCUGAUGAUAAUACUGCCGAUAAACCUCAAACUGACAGAGGUAUGAGUCGUACACAGACAGCAGUGUCUGAGGCAGUCACAGAUGCUUUUACUGAGGACUGAGAUUUGUUUAUAUUUGUCUCAAAAUGGAGAAAAAGAACUGUAAAAUAUUAAAAAACAUUCCAAGCUAUAAGUGAUAUAUUAUAAAAAGGUUUUAAGUAUCCGUCCUAUAUUGUAUUGUUGUCUGUGAUAAAAUUAUUUCACUUGUUGCAUUUAAGCUAUUUCUUGAUUUCCUUUUGUACAUUAUAAUUUACAUUGAACUCUGUUAGGUUGUAGAUAUUACCUCAAAAAAUAACAAAUCUACCUUUGUAGACAAUAAAGUUGUUACGUUUUUUGCCUUUAUUGAUAAGACUUUGUAUGUCACUAUUCAAAAUGCACUGUAGUACAUAUAUUUUGAAUUACUUAACCAAAUUUCAAUAAAACUUGAUUUAAUAGAUAGUUCACAGUUGAUGCAUAUUGAAUAUAGUGAUAUUUUUUUCUUUGUAUGAAAUAUUUUAUACAGAUCUUUCCUGGUGAAAUGUAAAAGCCAACAAGCCAAAUAUCUGUUCCACAAAUAAAGA